GCGAGCGGCCCGCGGGAAGCACAGCGGUGCGCGCCCCGGAGCCAGGUCCGGGUGGGCUGUGGUCCGCGCGCCGCCCCGCCGUCCUGUUGGAGGAGGGAGGGGCUGGCGCAGCCAUGUUCGUGGCGCGCAGCAUCGCGGCGGACCACAAAGAUCUCAUCCACGAUGUGUCUUUCGACUUCCACGGACGGCGGAUGGCCACCUGCUCCAGUGACCAGAGCGUCAAGGUGCGCGCGGGGCCGAGCCCGGAAGGAGGCGGGAGCGUGCGCGGCCCGCUGUCCGAGCGGAGGGGCGCGUGGAGAGUGGACUCUUCCCGACUUGAGGCGCGCUGCGGACACGAGGUCUGGGAUAAAAGUGAAAGUGGGGAUUGGCAUUGCACUGCUAGCUGGAAGACACAUAGUGGAUCUGUGUGGCGUGUGACAUGGGCCCAUCCUGAAUUUGGACAGGUUUUGGCUUCCUGUUCUUUUGACCGAACAGCUGCUGUCUGGGAAGAAAUAGUAGGAGAAUCAAAUGAUAAACUGCGUGGACAGAGCCAUUGGGUCAAGAGGACAACACUAGUGGACAGCAGAACAUCUGUUACCGACGUGAAAUUUGCUCCUAAGCAUAUGGGUCUUAUGUUAGCAACCUGCUCAGCAGAUGGUAUAGUCAGAAUCUACGAGGCACCAGACGUCAUGAAUCUCAGCCAGUGGUCUCUGCAACAUGAGAUCUCAUGCAAGCUAAGCUGUAGUUGUAUUUCUUGGAACCCUUCAAGCUCUCGUGCUCAUUCCCCCAUGAUCGCUGUAGGAAGUGAUGACAGCAGCCCAAACGCAAUGGCCAAGGUUCAGAUUUUCGAAUAUAAUGAAAACACCAGGAAAUAUGCAAAAGCUGAAACCCUCCUGACAGUCACGGAUCCUGUCCACGAUAUUGCCUUUGCUCCAAACUUGGGACGGUCUUUCCACAUUCUUGCCAUAGCAACCAAAGACGUGAGAAUUUUUACAUUAAAGCCUGUGAGGAAAGAACUUACUUCCUCUGGUGGGCCAACAAAAUUUGAAAUCCAUAUAGUGGCUCAGUUUGAUAAUCAUAAUUCUCAGGUCUGGCGAGUGAGUUGGAAUAUAACAGGGACAGUGCUGGCAUCUUCAGGAGAUGAUGGCUGUGUCAGGUUGUGGAAAGCUAAUUAUAUGGACAACUGGAAGUGUACUGGUAUUCUGAAAGGUAAUGGGAGCCCUGUCAAUGGGAGCUCUCAGCAGGGAAACUCAAAUCCUUCUCUAGGUUCAAAUAUACCAAAUCUUCAGAAUUCAUUAAAUGGAUCUUCUGCUGGCAGAAAGCACAGCUGAGUACCAGCUAACUGGAGUAACUUUGCUGUUUUGCUGCUUGUUGCAUGCACACAGGAAUGGGAAGCAAGCUCCUUUUCCCCUUCCCCAGCGCCGUUUGACCUCUCCCAAGAUACACCAACAGCCUGCUUACUACUAAACGCAGUCCAAAAGGCCUUUAAAAAUACAGUGUAUAUCAUUUUUUUUUGUGCUAGCCAGUUUAUUGACAUUAUUUGAAACUUUUGAAAUAUAAAUGGAGAGGCUUUUUGUUGAGACAUUGUCACCAAAACAAUUUUUUGAAAUGUUUCUGAAAUGAACAUGGGUUUUAAAAUUAACGGAUUGUUACCAUCCUCAUUGCUAGUUGGGAGGAGGGAAAAUAUCACUCUAUUCCAUCUGGAGACUAUAUAUAGACUUAUGUCUUUUAUUUUCUAAAACAGUAAGCUAAAAUGAAUUUUUAUAAUUUUAAUUUGAAGAUUGAAUAUUUUUCAUAAAGAUUGUUUUGAGUGCUAAUUUGUUUACCUUUUGUAGAAUUGGUUUAUACAUGAUAUUAUUCAGUACAACUCUGUUAUUUCUUUGUAAUGUUUAAAAAGUAUUAGUGAAGGAGUGAGAGAAGUAGUAGUGAAAGUAACUUGACUGUACAGUUUGUAGCCAAACAACAUUUGGUAUUGCUUCAUUUAUAAUUUAGAAGUAAAAUGAAAACAUCUUUGUAAGUUUUCAGUUCAUAUUCACUAAAGAGAUAAAUGUUUCUAAUAUGUGCUUGUAUAUUUUUAUGGUGUGAUUUCAUGGCUUAAGGUUUCCUUCAAGUCAAAAUUUGGAAACAUAGUAUAAGAAGCAGAUAAAACUCUGCUAAAAUUGUGCAUGCGUGUUAACCUCCACAUUCCAUGUCCCAGGAUUUUCUUAAUUUUGUUGGCUGCUUCAUUUAGUUCAUAUCCUCUGAUAACAAAGCUAUAAAUCUUUUUUUGAGAAAAUGGUAAAGUAUUACGGGUAAGUUUUAAAAUGGCAGAAGAAUAACAAUAGGACAUAUUUUUGAGCCCUUUUACUUAUCAAAAUUUUGUACUAGUCUUUUUGCAGAAAAACAUCUAAGUACAUUCAAAGAUUGUGUUUCUUCAAAAGUAUGUUGCAAUAGCUGGCCAUACUAUGUGAAAGUCUAUCUGAAUUGGUCCUCAGUAUCAUGUAUGCACUAAAAAAUGUGCUGCUGCUACAAGUGAAGUGUUGCUUAAAGAAAAAGCUUAUUUGAUUUGUAAAUUACAGGAGAGCAUCAAUAUGUUUCUGAGAGACUAGAAAAUGUUUUAAAUUAUAAAAUUAAUGUCUUUUUUGUAACAUUCAUACUGAUAAUUUUUUUAACAUUUUAAGUUUAACAGAUUGUAUUUCUUUUUUCAAGUUUCUAUACUUGCUUAAAUGAGCCUGAUUUGAGUAAGGGUCUUGAUUUUGCUAUUAUGUUCCGUUAGUUUUGGCAUGAAUAUAGUAAAGCUUUUUUUUCUAGCAUGUGUUUUUUCCUCUUUGGUUCUCUUUGUAUUUACUACUUUUCUCUUUUUCUUCUGUUUUUUCUUUUUUUUUUUCUGUUGUUUUUGUUUUGUUUUGGUGUUUUGUUCCUGUCUUCAUUGUUUCAGGUAUUUCUUUCCCCCUCUGGAUUCCCCACGGGCUGGAUCGAGAUGGUCCAGUUAUGCCCAGCUCCUUCCUCCUCCUCCUCCUCCUCCUCCUCUGAUAGAGCACUCUUGCGAUGCUGACACUGCCAGCCUCCAGUAUCCUCACCCUCG